AUGUCGUCGGGGCUGUGCACCGUGCCCGUCUCCGAUGGAGCAGCCAAACCUCAAAACGCUCAAGUGGCGUCUGGCGCCAUCCGCACCCUCUUCUUCUACUUCUACUCUUUCGUAGUGGACAUCACUCUCACGAUCCGGCUGUUAGCUGACCAGCCAAUAGACCCUGGUCAUCUAUCCAUACACUUCUACGCUCCCUGUCACGAAUGUUUCGACGAUGCAAAGGAUGGAGUGGAGCUGACCCUCGAGAUCGACUCUGCGGAAGAGGAGUGCUCUGAUACUCCCCCACGCUUGAAUGGACAUUCUCUCAUUCCGUUGAGAGCUGGCAAUGAUGUUGCCAAUGGUCAGAUUUCCUUCAUUUCAAAGUCUUCAGAUGGCUUAGCCGAGCGCGAGGUCAAUGCUUCUUGGGAGUCGACCUGUCUGAAGGGCGAAGCCUCGAUAAUUUCCGUUCGAUUUGAGAGCAUCGUCGGAAAUCAUCCCUUCAAAGACACUUCUGGAUUUGCCACCUCCUUCAAGCAAAAAGGGCAACCUUCUGUCUUACGUCUUCAAGACAAACCCGUUGCUCGCAUAUCAGAAAGCCUCUGUGAUGAUUGGCUCCUAUCAGAGGAUCGAAGACUUUCUAUCACUCCCAAUGCCUCGAACCUUGCCUCGUCCUCUGACACCUCAUUACAGGCCGAGUAUUCCCAGCUCGAAGAGUUGAUCAGUGAAAUGGGUACACUUCACGAACAAAUACGCGCAACGGAGACAAAGAUUAUUUCUCUCCUCAAGCAAGAGUUUAAAGCUUGCUCAAGCAUGAAAUGCUUGUGGAACACCGCCAUGAGUGAAGCCCCAACCAUUGCCAAACUCAUCAGUUCUCACUUUUCGCACCACAGCAAUCGACAUGGUGGUUGUCAAGAUGGCGAUGCACAAUCACCCUGUUCUGCGGAUGACCAAGAUAACCUUGCGGUCGGCGACAGUCUACAUGAAGGCGAAGCAGAAGAAGUGUCUGCUGCGGUCGAAGGCGACGAAUCUGCACAAGUGUCUCAGACGCCGGCGGCGGCUCCAGUUACCACCCCUUCACCAACUCCUGCACCAGAACCGACUUCCCCUCCAAAUGAACAAAAUGACCAUCGGCCCCAUUUUCCAUUCAUGGGUGGAGAUCAUCCUCCAUUUCGACCACCUCAUGGUCCGCCUCCAGGGUUCCCUUUCCCUGGGGGACAUCAUGGUCCGCCUGGCGGCUUCGGCCCUCAUGGCCACCCUCACGGACCACCACCACACUUCCCAUCUUUUGCGCCUGCAGAACGGCGCCUCCUGGAAUACCGCAUUGGAUUGGCGAUCCUUCUUCUCGUUCUACUUGUUAUACUGGCCGGCUUGGUCAUCCGUGCCAUAGUCCUGUUCCGGGAUCCUCGACGACGGGCUGAGCGCGCAGCCCGAUGGGAAGAGCGUCGAACCAAGAGACUUUACCGCAAAGCUGCGUGCAAACAUAGAUGGAGGACUUGGUGGAAAAGCUUCCUAAACCAGGACACCAGCGACUACGAGGAGAAGCGCGAGAUGCUCCUUGAUCAAGAAGCCGUUACAGAAGAAGAGGACGGCGGAUUGCAGAAGGAAAUCCGUACGCUUCGAAAUGCAUCCGAUUUCGUCAGAGAUCUAUUUUAUGCUGAAGAAGGCCGAGCAAGAUCGGGGUAUCGUGGCCAUCGUGAUCGGGAAGGGUUCGAACCUGCGGAACUCGAUGCUGGCAUCGGGAGCAGCGGACUUUCCGACAUCGCCCCAUCUUACGUGACACCCCCACCUCGAUAUGAAGAAGAGCUCGAAGGAGAAAUUGUCGUUGUCGAAGACUUUCGAUACACACCCAGCAACACGGAUGACACACCAGCGAGCAGCGUUAUUGAUUGCAGUCCGAGACUGAGUUUGGAGACUGGACGAUCGACUAUUGUCACAAAAGAUACGAAUGAGUAG